AUGAGAUUUUUGUCACCACCAAACUGUGGUGCACUGAAGCUAAUCCUGGCCUUGUGCUACCAGCACUCACGAGCUCAUUACAUGAGGCUGAGACAAGGAGCAAAAGGGACCAAGUAUGGCAAAGAAGACAUUCUUCCUUUGGACAUGAAAGGGAUAUGGGAAGACAUGGAACUAUGCACCAAAUUGGGUUUGGCCAAGUCCAUUGGUGUAAGCAAUUUUGGGGUGAAAAAGCUUUCAGAACUUAUGCAAAAUGCUAUUAUUACUCCUGCUCUUGUCCAGGUGGAGAUGAACGCAGCAUGGUCACAGGAAAAUCUGAGAAAAUUCUGCAAAGAAAAAGGAAUUCACGUGAGUGCAUGGUCUCCUCUAGGAGCCAAUGGAGCUGUGUGGGGCUCCCUUGCUGUUAUGGACAGUCCUAUUCUAAAAGAUAUUGCAGUCAAAAAAGACAAGAGUGUGGCACAGGUUGCAUUGAGGUGGAUAAUAGAGGAAGGUGCAACUCCAAUAGUGAAGAGCUUCAACAGUGAGAGAAUGAGGCAAAACAUUGAAAUAUUUGAUUGGGAGCUGAGUGAGAGUGAUGCAGAGAAGAUAAAGGAAAUACCACAACACAGGGGUUUCAAAGGUGAACGUUUUGUCUCUGAAUUUGGUCCUUUCAAAACCCUGGAAGAUCUUUGGGAAUGA